GUGGUUUGCAUCACACUCUUCCAUUCCCUCGAGCGCAACUGCACAGGUUUUCCUGCGCUCGCGCUGCGCUAUGGCAGGGAGGGACGUUUUCCACAUUUCCCUGUCCGACUUUUAAAUGGGGAGGUGCCUUCGAAUGCCGAGCUGAGCGUUGGGUUUUGCACAACAGCAAAUGACUGUAUUCAACAGAUGUGUCAGUGUCAUAGUGAAGACACUGCGGUACUGGGGAAAGACCGGAGCAGCCAUACUUUAGUAAGGGCCAUGGAGGGUCUUUCUCUUGAGGCUGCCCAGGUGAGACGAUAAACAAAGCCACAGGGUUCCCCAAGGCUCUCCUCUCCUCUCUCCCUGUUCUCCCUCCCUGCCCUGCCCUGCCCUCUCCCUGUCACGCACCUCCAUCUGCACCAGCCGCCUGCCUGCCCGCCUGUCAUGGCUGACAGCCCCUCUGCGCCUGGGGUUGUCUUCUGCAAGCUGUGCCUCAACGUCCACGCUGAAGGAGAUACCAGCUCCCUGCAGGCUUGCGGCUGUGUCUUCUGCACUCAGUGUCUGCAGCAGUAUGUCCAGUUGGCGGUACGUGAGGGAGGGGGUGCCCCCAUCACCUGCCCUGACCCUGCCUGCCAGGUCACAGAUGGCCUCUCCGACCCCGAGGUGGCCUGUUAUGUGCCUGAGGAGCAGGCAGAACUGUACAAGCGACUCAAGUUUGAGAGAGGGGUGCAGCUGGAUCCCAGUAAGGCCUGGUGCCCUGUGCUGGAGUGCCAGGCGGUGUGCAGGGUGAUCCAGGGCGUGGAGGGCAUGCCCACCCCUGUGCCGUGCCCGGCCUGCCGCACCGUCUUCUGCUGCGGCUGCAUGCAGCUCUGGCAGGAGGAGCACGCCUGCCAGGCCCUCACGUCAACCACGUCUGAUGACGACAGAAGUUCUACAGACUCGGUCAUCAAGCAGUGUCCCAUGUGUAGCGUCUACAUCGAGCGUAACCAGGGCUGCGCCCAGAUGCUCUGCAAGAACUGCAAGCACACCUUCUGCUGGUACUGCCUGCAGAACCUAGAUGGUGACAUCUUCCUAAGGCACUAUGACAAAGGACCCUGCAGGUACAAGCUGGGCCACUCGCGAGCCUCCGUCAUGUGGAACAGAGUACAGGUGGUGGCGGUGCUGGUGGGGGUCAGCAUCACCAUGCUAGUCACCUUCCCCUUCCUCCUGCUGGCCUCUCCCUGCAUCCUCUGCUGCGUCUUCAAGCCCUGCCACGGCGGCAAGGAGGGCAAAAAGGAGAAAAAGAAGAAAAUCCUGAAAAAGAAGAAUGUCAAAAGCGCUCCUGAUGAUGACCACUAGCCUCGGCUUUACCGUCUCUCUUUCACACGGAUCUCACCGCACAUGCACACGCCUGUAAAAACACACACACGCACACACACA